AUGCCACUCUUCAUUGACGGCUUCGAAGUACAAACUCGUAAAUUUUUCGCCAUCAAUAAAAUCGGAUAUUGCAAUUGGAGUAUGGGACACGCGUUGCCAUCGGGCUUUCGCAUUGGCGGAACGUAUCAAAGGCAAUUGAGUGACGAUGUUCUAAUUACUCCCUUUUGUGGCUUUGACAUCAAUCCGUCGAAUUUAUCGACGAAUUUCGCAUUAAUUUACUACCCUGUGUCGCAAAUGGGCUUUGAAAUUGAGCUUCAAGCGAUGCCGUUGACCAAAAAUCCGGAUAUCGAAAGGCUCAAGGGAAAUUUCGUGAUGAACUGUAACAGUGAGAGGAACAAUUUUUCUUGUUCGAUGCAUGAAACGGGGAGAUUUAUGAUCUCUGACAUGUAUAAAGUGUCGCCAAGGCUAUCGGUUGGAAGUGAAUUGAUGCUGAAAUGUCGAGGGAAAGAUAGAGGAGCUAAUUUAGCGUUUGCUAUGAAAUAUCUUUUCGAGAACAAAACAAUAAUGGCAGCUUCUUGCUCUUUUCGAGCCUUUGACCUUACCUUAUACAAGCAAAUUUCUCCAAAUCUCCAAGUUGGAACAUCUUUCGUCCUGAAUUCUCCAAAGAACUAUCAAAACAUGGCUUUAUUUUAUCAAUGGGAAAAGCAAAAUGUCUCCAUCCGAAGUCUCAUUGACUCAAAUUUAACUGCAGGCUUCACUUAUACGAGGCUCUUUGAAAAUUUAUCGUCAAGCUUCUGUCUCAGCCUGUACUACUGCGUGCUCAGCAAUAAAUUCAGUUGUGGCUUCAAAUUUGAUUUAGACGAUACAUUCUUGGGAAAGUUUCGCCAGCAGAUGCAAAAUAAUUACAAAUCAUUGUCGUCUUUAGCACAAGAGAAAAUUUGCUCCGCAUAA